CAGCGCAGAGCCCCUUCCCAGCCCAGCCAAGGGACCGCGACCACCGCGGCCGCCCCCCCCCCGCCGCCCCGGCCAUGAGGUCGGGCCGGAGAGACGGCACCUGUGCGGGGAGGUGAGCGGAGCCCCGGCGCCUUCCUCCUACCCCCGAGCAGCCACCGCGGCGGGGGAAGCGCAGGGGGUGGAGGAAGGGAAAAGGAUUUUUAUUUUUAUUUUAUUUUAUUUUAUUUUAUUUUUUUUGUAAUACAUCAACAUAUUUUUGCUGCGAUCAAUCCCGAUCCCGCGACUGAAGCCCCCGGAGGGAGAAGUGCUGCGCGCUGUGAUGCGUCUUCCUCUCGCCUCGGCUGCCAGUUUGGAUUGUAGCGCCCGGCUCCGUGCACUGCGAGGAUGGCUCGGUUUGGGGAUGAUCUGCCGACCCGCUAUGGAGGUGGAGGGCCGGCCGGGGCUGGAAGAGGGAGCAGCCGGCAAGGUGGCCCCCAAGCCGGCCAAAGGAUGUAUAAGCAGUCGAUGGCUCAGAGGGCCAGGACUAUGGCUCUCUACAACCCCAUCCCUGUCAAACAGAACUGCUUCACAGUCAACAGAUCCCUCUUCAUCUUCAGUGAAGAUAAUGUUAUACGGAAAUACGCCAAGCGAAUAACAGAAUGGCCUCCAUUUGAAUACAUGAUUUUAGCUACAAUCAUAGCCAAUUGUAUCGUGUUGGCUCUGGAACAACAUUUGCCGGAUGGAGACAAGACGCCGAUGUCGGAGAGAUUGGACGACACUGAGCCCUACUUUAUUGGAAUAUUUUGUUUUGAGGCUGGGAUAAAAAUCAUCGCUCUGGGGUUUGUUUUUCACAAAGGCUCUUACCUGCGGAACGGCUGGAACGUGAUGGAUUUUGUCGUGGUCCUCACAGGGAUUCUGGCGACUGCUGGCACUGAUUUUGACCUGAGGACGCUGCGAGCUGUGCGAGUGCUGCGACCCCUGAAACUGGUGUCGGGAAUCCCGAGCCUGCAGGUCGUGCUCAAGUCCAUCAUGAAGGCCAUGGUGCCCCUGCUGCAGAUCGGGCUGCUCCUCUUCUUCGCCAUCGUGAUGUUUGCCAUCAUCGGGCUGGAGUUCUACAUGGGCAAGUUCCACAAAACCUGCUUCUCCAACGAGACAGGUGAUGAGGUGGGAGAUUUCCCUUGUGGAGAGGAGCCUCCUGCCAGGCAGUGUGAGAGCGGGACCACCUGCAGGGAGUACUGGCAAGGGCCCAACUACGGCAUCACCAACUUUGACAACAUCCUCUUCGCUGUGCUCACCGUCUUCCAGUGCAUCACCAUGGAGGGAUGGACAGACAUCCUCUACAAUACAAACGACGCUGCAGGAAAUACCUGGAAUUGGCUUUACUUCAUCCCUCUCAUCAUCAUUGGCUCUUUCUUCAUGCUCAACUUGGUGCUGGGCGUCUUAUCAGGUGAAUUUGCCAAAGAGCGGGAGCGGGUGGAGAACCGCCGAGCUUUCCUGAAGCUCCGCCGGCAGCAGCAGAUCGAGCGGGAGCUCAACGGGUACCUGGAGUGGAUCUUCAAAGCAGAGGAGGUCAUGCUGGCAGAGGAAGACAAGAACGCAGAAGAGAAAUCUCCUCUGGACGGGAGGGCCGCCUCGGAAGGGCCGAUCCACCAAGGCACGGCACCGGCAGAGACUAGCAGCGGCAGCAGCUACAACAUGUUGAAAAGAGCCGCAAUAAAGAAGAGCAAAAACGACCUGAUUCAUGCAGAAGAAGGUGAGGACCAUUUCACAGACAUUUGCUCCGUUGGGUCUCCUUUUGCCCGCGCCAGUUUGAAGAGCGGGAAGAACGAGAGCUCGUCCUACUUCAGGAGGAAAGAGAAGAUGUUCCGGUUCUUCAUCCGGCGCAUGGUGAAGGCUCAGAGCUUCUACUGGAUUGUCCUGUGUGUGGUGGCUCUCAACACCCUCUGUGUGGCCAUGGUGCACUAUGACCAGCCGGAGAAGCUCACCACUGCCCUCUAUUUCGCAGAAUUUGUUUUCCUGGGGCUGUUCCUCACUGAGAUGUCUUUGAAGAUGUAUGGACUGGGGCCAAGGAACUACUUCCACUCUUCAUUCAACUGCUUUGACUUUGGGGUCAUCGUGGGAAGUAUAUUUGAAGUUAUUUGGGCUGCAGUGAAACCAGGAACCUCAUUUGGCAUCAGUGUAUUGAGGGCACUUCGACUGCUGAGGAUUUUCAAAGUAACAAAGUACUGGAAUUCCCUGAGGAAUCUGGUGGUCUCCUUGCUGAACUCCAUGAAGUCCAUCAUCAGUUUGCUUUUCCUGCUGUUCCUGUUUAUCGUGGUGUUUGCUUUGCUGGGGAUGCAGCUCUUUGGAGGACAGUUCAAUUUCCAAGACGAAACUCCGACCACGAAUUUCGACACCUUCCCCGCUGCCAUCCUCACGGUGUUCCAGAUCCUGACGGGGGAGGACUGGAAUGCCGUGAUGUACCACGGGAUCGAGUCGCAGGGUGGGGUCCGCUCGGGGAUGUUCUCCUCCAUCUACUUCAUUGUCCUGACGCUGUUUGGGAACUACACCCUCCUGAACGUCUUCCUGGCCAUCGCUGUGGACAACCUGGCAAACGCCCAGGAGCUGACCAAGGACGAGGAGGAGAUGGAGGAAGCCACCAACCAGAAGCUGGCCCUGCAGAAGGCCAAGGAAGUGGCCGAAGUGAGCCCCAUGUCUGCAGCCAACAUUUCCAUAGCAGCUUUUGUAAAGCAAACUCGAGGUACUGUAUCUCGCAGCUCGUCAGUCUCCAGCGUAAAUUCACCCAAGCAGCAGAACUCCUCCAAAUCCAAGUCGGUCUGGGAGCAGAGGACCAGCCAGAUCCGGAUGCACAACUUCCGAGCCAGCUGCGAGGCCCUGUACAACGAGCUGGACCCCGAGGAGCGGGUCCGUUACGCCACCACCCUGCACAUCAGGCCGGACAUGAAGACCCACCUGGACCGGCCGCUGGUGGUGGAGCCCCGGAGCGAAGGCAGGAACAACAUCAACAAGCUGAGCCCCGGGGACGUGCAGGAGGUGCAGGAGCACCCCAAGGGCAGCUCUGCUGACGGGGCAGAAGCUCCACGGAAGCACCACCGGCACCGGGAUAAGGAGAAACAGGCGGAGCAGGAGAAGGGCGACGCGCCCAAGGAGGAGAGCGCGGAGACCGCGGCCGCCAACAAGGAGGAGCGGCACCGGCAGCACCGGAGCCGCAGCAAGGAGGUGGAAGGGGGGAGCAAGGAAGGGAAGAGCGAGCGGAACAGGGGGCAGGAAGGGGGGAAGAGGCACCACCGGCGGGGCUCGGUGGAGGAGUCGGGGGAGAAGGAGCACCGCAGGCACCGCACACACCGACACUCCACCGAGCGCCAGGGCAAGGACGGCAACGGCACCGCCAACGGCGCCCGCGGCGAGCGGCGCUCCCGGCACCGCGGAGGGUCCCGCUCCGGCAACAGGGAUGGGGAGCCCAAGGGGGAGAACGGGGAGGAGCCCCACAGGCGGCACAGGCUCAGGAACAGGGCCCUGUCCACGUACGAGUCGGUGGAGAAGGAGAACGGGGAGAAGGAGGCGGAGGCUGGAGAGAAGGAGCACCGGAACCACCAGCCCAAGGAGAACCAGUGUGAGCUGGAGGCCAGUGGCAGUGUGAGUGUCCCCGUGCACACCCUGCCCAGCACGUACCUGCAGAAGGUGCCCGAGCAGCCUGAGGACGCCGACAACCAGAAGAACGUGACGAGGAUGAUCCAACCCCCCCUGGACAAAACCACCACUGUGAACAUCCCCGUCACCAUCACGGCCCCCCCGGGGGAGACCACUGUCAUACCAAUGAACAACGUGGAGUUUGAAAGCAAAACAGAGGAGAAGAAAGAUGUUGAUGACCUGACGAAAAAUGGGCCUAAACCAAUCCUGCCUUACAGCUCCAUGUUCAUCCUGAGCCCCACAAACCCGAUUCGGCGGCUCUUCCACUACAUCGUCAACCUGCGCUACUUCGAGAUGGUCAUCCUGAUAGUCAUCGCCCUCAGCAGCAUUGCCCUGGCUGCAGAAGACCCUGUCCAAGCUGAGUCACCCAGGAAUGAUGCUCUGAAAUACUUGGAUUAUAUAUUUACAGGUGUCUUUACCUUUGAGAUGGUGAUCAAGAUGAUUGACCUGGGGCUGUUACUCCACCCUGGCUCCUACUUCCGUGACCUGUGGAACAUCCUGGACUUCAUUGUGGUCAGUGGGGCCUUGGUGGCCUUUGCCUUCUCGAGUUUCAUGGGAGGAACCAAAGGCAAGGACAUCAACACCAUCAAGUCCCUGCGAGUCCUGCGGGUCCUCAGACCUCUGAAAACCAUCAAGCGGCUGCCAAAGCUAAAGGCUGUCUUUGACUGUGUGGUGAACUCCCUGAAGAACGUCCUCAACAUCCUCAUCGUUUACAUGCUCUUCAUGUUCAUUUUUGCCGUCAUUGCCGUGCAGCUCUUCAAGGGCAGAUUCUUCUACUGCACUGACGAGUCCAAGGAGCUGGAGAAGGACUGCAGGGGUCAGUACCUCGAUUAUGAAAAGAAUGAGGUGGAGGCCCAGCCCAGGGAAUGGAAAAAAUACGAGUUCCACUAUGACAACGUGCUCUGGGCUCUGCUCACGCUCUUCACCGUGUCCACGGGGGAAGGGUGGCCGACCGUGUUGAAGCACUCGGUGGAUGCCACCUACGAGGAGCAGGGUCCCAGCCCUGGCUACAGGAUGGAAAUGUCCAUCUUUUACGUGGUGUAUUUUGUUGUCUUCCCUUUUUUCUUUGUGAACAUCUUUGUGGCUUUGAUCAUCAUCACCUUCCAAGAGCAAGGAGAUAAAGUGAUGUCAGAGUGCAGCCUCGAGAAAAACGAGAGGGCCUGCAUAGACUUUGCCAUAAGUGCCAAGCCCCUGACCCGGUACAUGCCCCAGAACAAGCAAUCCUUCCAGUACAAGAUGUGGAAAUUCGUGGUGUCCCCUCCCUUCGAGUAUUUUAUCAUGGUCAUGAUCGCCCUCAACACCAUCGUCCUCAUGAUGAAGUUCUAUGAUGCUCCAGAAGCAUAUGAAGAAAUGCUGAAAUGCCUGAAUAUUGUGUUUACAUCCAUGUUUUCAAUGGAAUGUGUGCUGAAGAUCAUUGCCUUUGGUGUGCUGAAUUAUUUCCGAGAUGCCUGGAAUGUCUUUGAUUUUGUCACAGUGUUGGGAAGUAUUACUGAUAUUUUAGUAACCGAGAUCGCGGACACGGACAACUUCAUCAACCUCAGCUUCCUGAGGCUCUUCAGGGCAGCCCGACUCAUCAAACUCCUCCGCCAGGGCUACACCAUCCGAAUCCUGCUCUGGACAUUCGUGCAGUCCUUUAAGGCCUUGCCUUAUGUGUGUCUCCUCAUUGCAAUGCUCUUCUUCAUCUAUGCCAUUAUUGGCAUGCAGGUAUUUGGGAACAUUGCAUUAGAUGACGAAACCUCCAUUAAUCGGCACAACAACUUCCGGACCUUCCUCCAAGCCCUGAUGCUUCUAUUCAGGAGUGCCACGGGGGAAGCCUGGCAUGAGAUCAUGUUGUCCUGCUUGAGCAACAGAGCCUGUGACCCCCUCUCUGGCCUCACCAAGAAGGAAUGUGGCAGUGAUUUUGCCUAUUUCUACUUCGUGUCCUUCAUCUUCCUCUGCUCCUUCCUGAUGUUGAACCUGUUUGUGGCUGUGAUCAUGGACAACUUUGAAUACCUGACAAGGGACUCCUCCAUCCUGGGGCCUCACCACUUGGAUGAGUUUGUCCGUGUGUGGGCCGAGUACGACCCCGCUGCCUGCGGUCGCAUCAGUUACACAGACAUGUAUGAGAUGCUGAGACACAUGUCCCCACCUCUAGGCCUUGGAAAGAAAUGCCCUGCUCGUGUUGCCUAUAAGCGCCUGGUGAGGAUGAACAUGCCCAUCUCCCCCGAGGACCUGACCGUGCACUUCACAUCCACGCUGAUGGCCCUGAUCAGGACUGCCCUGGAGAUCAAACUGGCCUCAGGUGGAGUUAAACAGCACCAGUGUGAUGCUGAGCUGAGAAAGGAGAUCUCCCUGGUUUGGCCCAACCUGUCCCAGAAGACUCUGGAUUUGCUGGUGCCUCCUCACAAACCUGAUGAAAUGACUGUGGGGAAGGUCUACGCAGCACUGAUGAUAUUUGACUUCUACAAGCAGAAUAAGAACAGCAGGGAACAAGUCCAACCCCCCGGAGGCCUCUGCCAGCCUGGCCCAGUGUCCCUGUUCCACCCCUUGAAGGCCACCCUGGAGCAGACCCAGCCCACAGCGUUCAACAACGCCAAGGCUUUCCUGCGCCAGAAGAGCUCGGCCUCCCUCAACAACGGGGGUGCUCUCCCAGCCCCAGAGGGUGGGAUCAAAGAGUCCAGCUCCUGGGGGACCCAGCGCACCCAGGACGUGUUUUAUGAGACCAGGACCCCAGCUUUUGAGCGAGGCCACUCCGAGGAGAUCCCCAUCGAACGGGUGGUAGAAAUGAGGGAAAUCAGCCCCACAGUUGCCAAUGGAGAGCCCCAGCCAGGCCUGGAGAGCCAGGGCCGGGCGGCCUCCAUGCCACGCCUGGCUGCCGAAACCAAGCCCAUCCCGGACACGAGUCCCAUGAAACGCUCCGUGUCCACGCUGACCCCGCAGCGCCCUCAUGCCAUGCACCUCUACGAGUACUCCCUGGAGAGGAUGCCCCCGGAGCAGGGGCACCACCACCACCACCACCGCUGCCACCGGAGGAAAGAGAAGAAGCAGAAGUCCCUGGACAGGGCCGCCCAUCACUUGGCCGAUGGACAGGCUGUAGCCCAGGCUGGUGAGUCUUCUGCCAAGGACAAGAAGGAGCGUGGGCGGUCCCAGGAGAGGAAGCAGCACUCCUCCUCCUCCUCCGAGAAGCAGCGCUUCUACUCCUGCGACCGCUACGGCAGCCGGGAGCGCUCCCAGCCCAAGUCUGCAGAGCAGAGCAGGCCCACCUCCCCCAACGGGGGGCCAGAGCAAGGCCCACACAGACAGGGCAGUGGUUCAGUUAAUGGGAGCCCCUUGCUGUCGACAUCUGGUGCUAGUACCCCAUGCCGGGGUCGGAGGCAGCUCCCACAGACUCCACUGACCCCACGCCCCAGCAUCACUUACAAGACCGCUAACUCCUCGCCCGUGCACUUCACCAGUAUCCAACCCGGCCUCCCCACCUUCUCCCCGGGACGCCUGAGCCGCGGUCUGUCGGAGCACAACGCGCUGCUCCGCGGGGAGCACCAGCCGCCCCCGCCGCCCGUGGCCCGCACCGGCUCCGACCCCUACCUGGGGCCCCGCGACGACGCCGACAGCCCCUCGCGCGCCGCGCCCGAGGACACGCUCACCUUCGAGGAGGCCGUGGCCACCAACUCGGGGCGCUCCUCAAGGACUUCCUACGUCUCCUCCCUGACCUCCCAGUCGCACCAAAUCCGCCGCGUGCCCAACGGCUACCACUACACGCUGGGGCUCAACACGGGCCCCGGCGCCGGCGCCAGAGGACGUAGCUACUACCACGAAGCCGACGAGGACGACUGGUGCUAGCGGCCUGGCAGAGCCCUCUGCAGCGCGCGGGUUUAAUUAUGAUGAGUUUUAUCAUCUGGAAGGCCGGCGGGGCAGCCCCUGCCACGAGAACUGCUCUGCGCCCCCGGGGCCGGAGACGCUCCUGCAGCCUCUCUCCUCUCUUUGUUCUUUAUUUAUUUUUUUUUCUUUUUUUAAUUUAUUUUUUAUUUUUUUUUGCACUAGACAAAUGGAGGAAGAAGGCUCCCUCCUUUGGGGGAAGGCAGCACAUCUCUCUGUCCCCCCCUGGCCCGCCUCCCCACUGCCCUGUCCAGUCACAGACACGCACCAGAUGCCAAACUGGCGACAGAGGCGAGAAGCCGAGAGAAGAGGGAUCCUCACCUUCAGUGGUGGAAGAGCAGACUGUCCAUCCUUCCUGAGAUCGGCGCAGUUUUUGUUGGGCUAUUUCUCAGUUAAUUUAUCAGCAUCAUUUUUUCCCCUCCCCUGUCAGGGUGGGAGUCGGGGGUCGCAGAGGACACACGGGGACAAGGAUCACGCCCGCGCUCGGCCCCGUCGGCCGCUCCGAAGGGAGAGAUGUACCCGAGCAACUGGGAGAGGAGAAACACAGCCCGGAACAAAGGACAGUCCAUUGGGACUUGAUGUUCAGCCACAGGAAUUCCUUUUUGGCAGAGCUGGUGCCACCCCCCCCAGAGGUGACCCCGGCAGCCGGGGCCCUGCUGUGACAGCGCUGCCCUGGGGGUCCCUCUCACCCCACCCACCACAUCCGGUCCUUCACACUGACACACCAUAAAGCCACAAGAGAGCUACUUUGUAAGGACUGUUUUCCUUGCUGCUGAGACUUUCCAUUCCGCCCCUCUCUGCAACACGCCCCUCACUGUUUUGUCUUGUUUACAAUAUAAGCUUGAUUUAGCAAAAAAAAAAAACAAAAAAAAAAAAAAAAAAAAACCACAACUAAAAAAAGAAAAACCUGAAGGGAAAAAAAGGAGAAAAAAAAAAAAAAAAGAGGAAAAAGCGUAGGGGUGAGAAGAAGAAAUGUUAUUGGUUUUAUAUCAAGCUAUUAGAUAGAACUUUAACUUUUCAUUGUGUGCAUUUUUGUAAAUUGUACAGUAAAAAAAAAAGAAAAAAAAAGAGAAAAAAAAUUUACUCUUUAUGUAGAGAAUUAGUCCAAUUGUCAUUCCAGGUCCCACCGUUUCUACCGAAUGCUCCAGUUGUUCACUACUAAGUGCCUAACCUUUGAAAUCUUUCACAGUGACGAUGCAACCUCUUUGCUUCGAUGCAUCAGACCUUGGGCGAGCGUGGGGAGGGCAGGAGGGGCAGGAGGGAGGGCAGAGCCCGGAGAGCCCCUCACCCUGGAGGGUCCACAGGGCUCCCACCGCCCCAACAGUGCACUCGAGUGCCAGGUUGGAAGCUUCCAGCGGGGAAGGCAAACACGCUUUGGGGUCGGUUUGGGUUUUGUUGGCCUUUUUUUUAAAUUUAUUAUUUGAUUUGAUUUGAUUUGGUUUUAUCGGUGGGAGGGGAGUGAUUGCAGCAAACAAACCCGGCCUUUUCGCAUUGACUAGUGCUGAGGGAGGGAUGCAGGUGGAAAAGUCCAGCAUCUGCAGGGAUGCUCUUGCAGGAGGGGCAGCGUCUCACCCGGACUGUGAGAGCUCUGGCCGUGCUCCUUGGGGCAUCAUCUGUGUGGAGGGCAGUUGGAGUGAGCCUUGGAUUUAUUACCUGUUAAGAGAAGGUCAAAAUAAUAAUAAUAAUAAUAAUACUAAUAAUAAUCAAAACCUCUAACUCUGAUUCUCAGGGAUGAGAUUUCUGUGUUCUUGCAACAACUCUUGCGUUGGAUGAUUUCUUUCUUCUGUGGCCCUGUGGAUUUCUGCACUGUGAGCCUGGCAAAGGGGCAAACACACUGUGCUGGCGGGGAGGGAGGCUGGAAGCAAAGCUUGGGCAGGACCUCCCAUCCCUGGCUCUGCUGAGCCGUUGUAGGGCUGGUUUGGGGCUCAGGGUGGCCAGAGGACACAAGGAAUAAAGGUGGAAGGAAGAAGGGUGGGAGGUGCCAGACGAGCACAUCCCUAAAAACCUUGUUAGGAAGGAGGAGAAGGUUCCACAGAGGAAUUGUUUCAGAGGAUCUCCCAAGCCCCAGAACUGUGAAGCUUCUCCAGAUGAAGCAGUUGCUUAGGACAGGGAGAGAUCCCGCUGGAUCCCGGUGAUCCCGUUUGGCACUGGGGAGGUUGGAGGGUAUUGGAUGCUACCAAAACGCUCAGGAGGUCUCUCGUGCUCUCAGCAAAAGCCUUUCAGCCUCAGGCAGGGAGCAGUUUGCUGUAGGGUGGUUCUUCACAUCUCCUGUAGCUCUUCUGUUGAGGAAAUUCAACCUGUUUUGGGGUUUUUCUUUUCCGUUUCCUUCCGUGUUGUUUUUUUUUCCUUUCGUUCCGUUAAUAACAACCUCUGGCCGAUCUCAUCCCUGGAUUCUGCUGAAGGAGAACUCCUGUCUGUAUCUCUGUCUCUGUAUUUUCCUGUGCACUUCCAAUCACGGCAGCGUGGCAGCCGGAGCUCCCCGUGGGCCGGGCUGGGAUUCCCAAAAGGAGGGCUAUGCAACAAGAUGACACGUUCGGACACACAUCCAAACCACCAACAGUCAGAAAGACCUUCCAUCCAUCCCGUAGCUUUAUCUGCUGGAUUUUCCUGUUUCAGGCUUCAGCAUGAUUGUGACCAAAUGUUUGAUACGUUUAUUUUUUUUUUUUCCUCCCUUAAACGAAGGCACAAACACUUUAUUUGAGAGUUUUCAAGAAAACGUUCCUCUUUUACUCCAGGAGGUUGAAGGGGAGGGGAAACACAAAAUCUCUCUGCCCGUGCAUGCAAACGUUGUAAAAAAAAAUGGGAAGCAAAAGAGAUGUCUUUCUGUACGGAAUAAUUCUGUCUUUUCCCCCUUCCUGUCCCAUUUUAGACCCCCCAAACCCCCAGCCCUGCACUAAAACAUGGCCUUGGGUCACCCCCAAUUCUUAGGCAGAACAUGAAGAAGAAUUUUAAGUUGUCUAAGUCCUCCACCCACCUUGCAGGGGUCGCUGACAGUGACAGCCAAGCCUGACCACAACUGUUCAUAACCCCCCCCGACCUUUUUUUACAGCCUCUCUGCUGUUUCUUCAACGCAUCCAUAAUAUUUCCAAGAUUCCUCAUAGUGAGUUGCCAAACUUGAAUUGCACCGAUCAGUUUUCUGCAUCCAGAACCAGUCUCGUAGUGGCUGUACUUUGAAUUAAGUAAUGUUUGCAUGUAAAAUAUAUACAUAUAUACAUAUAUAUAAAAGGAAACGAGAAAAAAAAAAGUAUGUGCAUGGAAAAAAAAUGUUUAUCUUCGUACUUUUUUGAUACAAUGUAUUCAUCAGUUGUUAAUUUUUAAUUAUAUUUGAUAUAAAUUGGGGGUUUGUUGCAAAAACUUUAUAUUUAAAAAAAACAGUGUUAAAAAUGAUCGAAGUUCCGACCAUGCAACACGAGCGGAACUUUACCCAAAAAAAUAAAAAGGAGGGAACAAAAAAAAAAACGCAAGGAGAAAAAAAAAAAAAAGGUUCUGUGAUUGCCUAGUUUGCUGCCUGAGUAAUAUUUAUCAGCCAAACUUUGAAUUCUGCAGUUGUUUCUACAAUUAACAUUUUGUAUGAAGCAAAGUCCUUGAAUUAAAAAUAAAAACUUAGCAAAAAAAAAAAAAAAAAA